AUGCACAAACGCAUCAUCCGUCUUCUCCCCCGCCACCGCCUCUACUCCUCCUCCUCUAACGACCCACUAGCCCACCUAACUCCCCACCUCAAAACCCUCCGCACCACCCUCCUCCCCCUCCUAACGUCCGGUAACCCAACCCUCUCAGAACUAACAAAAUACUACUUCCUCCACCCCUCAAAACACAUCCGCCCCGUCAUCGUCCUCCUCUUCUCCCAAGCCACCAAUGGCCUCGGCCGUUCCUGGCCUCGAAAGCUGCUCGAGUCGAAAGACUUGGAUUUGGAUAGACCGCUCACACGACCUGACGUGUUGAACGAUUGGAAUCCGGCUAUGCAGGGGAGUACGAGGGAGUUUGAGGACGUGUUUUUGGUGAAGCCGUCGACGGCGCACACAUAUCCACCGUCACCACGAAGUCAUUCCCCACCAUCCUCAACCCCAUCUCCGUCAUCACCAACCCUCUCCGACCACCACCAUGAGCAUCUCCUACCAACCCAACUCCGCCUAGCCCAGAUCGUCGAAAUGCUGCACACAGCCUCACUCCUACACGACGACGUCAUAGACGCCUCACCCCUUCGUCGGGGUGCCCCCUCCGCCCCAAGCAAAUUCGGUAGCAAGCUCUCUGUAUUGGGAGGAAACUUUAUCUUAGGCAGAGCCUCAACUGCAUUAGCCAGGCUCGGCGACGCGGAAGUCACGCAGCUUAUCGCGAGUGUUAUAUCGAAUUUGGUGGAGGGGGAGAUUUUGCAGAUGCGGGAUGUCAAAGACAAAGAUGUUGGGGUGGAAGGAAAAACUAAAAACGCAUGGACGGUGUACUUGCAAAAGACGUACCUCAAAACAGCGAGCCUCAUGGCCAAGGGCGCACGGUCGGCCGUUGUGUUGGGUGGAUGUGAGGAGGGCGAGGUGUGGAAGGAUAUAGCGUAUGCUUAUGGACGGAAUUUGGGGAUUGCUUUUCAGCUAAUAGACGACAUACUCGACUACGAAUCAACAUCAACACCCGGUUCCGCAGAUCUAACACUCGGUAAACCAGGCGGUGCAGAUCUUCAACUUGGCUUAGCCACCGGACCAGCUCUGUAUGCUUGGGAAGAGUUUCCCGAGAUGGGGGAGCUGAUUGGGAGGAAGUUUGAGGGUCCUGGGGAUGUUGAGAUGGCCCGUUCCCUAGUCCACCGCUCCUCAGGCGUCCACCGCACUAAACUCCUCGCCAAAGAAUUCGCGGAAAAAGCAAAGGAGGUGCUUGAUGAGCUUCCGGAGAGUGUGGCGAAGAAUGGGUUGGUAGCGUUGACGGAGAAGGUUGUUGGAAGGCGGUCGUGA